ACACAAGUGACGUGUUUCCUGUUAAUGCUAGUAACGAUUGAUCGGUAUUCACUGAUAGUUAAAGCAGUUCAGUCUCGCAAGUCAAGAAGUAUUCGAAAAGCCCGCAUUACAAUAUCCUGCAUAUGGAUAGCUUCUCUGGUGCUACAGCUUCCUGCUGGUGUGUUAAAUAAAACAAUUGUGCAUGAAGGCGGAAUAACUUGUGGUACCAUUCUUAGCGAAGGCCUGCAACAACAACUUUAUACGGUCUAUACAUUCAGUACGAUAUAUGUAGUUCCACUAAGCGUCAUAGCAGUUUGCUACUUCCGAAUACUCAUGGUAGUCUGGCAACAAAAAGCAGCAUCAUCAACGACAUCUACGAGGACAAGAACUCGUAAGAUACAGACCAGGAAGAAAAUAAGAACAACAAAAAUCGUCUUAAUGUUGGUUAUAGCUUUUGCGAUUUUCUGGUUACCAAUCCAUGCAUUUUUACUUUGGCAAGUAUUUGAUCCAAAGAGCCUAAAUAAAUUGUACAACAGUAAGAUGUUAUGGACAACAUACUUUUUCGCUCUCUGUAUGAUGUACUUCAGUAGCUGUGUUAACCCGUUCAUUUACGCGUUUUCAUCCUCUAGUUUUCAAAAACAAUUCAGAAUUAUAUUUACGAAAUGUUGUAUGGGAUCCAAAAUGUCGCAUAGCCACGUAUCGGUUGGCCUAUAAAGUCGCCAAGGGAACUGACGACUAGAUGGUAUUCUCCUUUUGAAUAUCCUAAACUGACUUGCCGCACUGCGGAAUACCAAUAUAUUUAUCGAUAAAUAUAUUUAUCUAUAGGUCAAGCUUAGAAUAAUUUUGACAAAACCUAUAGCAGACUUCUAAGCAAAGGACAAUUAAAGUAAGUGGAAUUAGUCUUCUUGAAUCUAUGUGUUGACUGAUGUCAAGAGGUUUUGAAAAGCUUGUUACAUAGCAAUGAAGUGAAAAUAAAAGUACAAAUGACGUAGCGAAGGAAAUGUUGUAACGGAGGAAGGCAUGAAGGUGAUGGGAUGGUGUAGAUGGUGUAACAAAAUGUGGUUGCUUAAACUUGAGACCGAAAUAUAUUUGUGAAAAUGCAAGAGCAGAAAGGCGGUAGAUGGGAGCUGAGAUGCAGGGAAUUAUCUUAGAUUGAUUGCUUUCUAGCAGUAAAUGAACAAAGUGGGACACAAACUCUAUAUUGUGAGAGCAACUUAUUUUUGUGAAACAAAGAGUUUUUUUUUCUCUUUUGUGGUAUAACAACCACCACUUUUAUUCAUCAAUACAUCCAGUUGUUUGAAUUACAGUCACUCUGCAUUACAACAUUUUUGAUAUUUCACCUUUUUCACUCAAUGAAUGUUUAAUGAAAAUUUUAAAAAUUAAAUUUAAG